CGAGGUUCCGAGAACUGAGGCCCUCAUUGGCCUCUAGUAUGGGGAACCCCGCGAGGGGAAAUGUUACUUGGGCGCUUCAGGGGGACAGGCGGGCUCGCCGAGACACAGAGGAGACCCGGGCAGAGGCCCGCGUGCGCUGCCUGGUGCAACCAGAACGGCGCUCACCGCUUGCCAACGUCUUUCAUUCCUUCCUUACAGACAAACACUGAGCCCCGGGGGAAGCUCUGCAAGCAGAGAAGCGCCCCAGUCGCCUUUCGGGGGGCUACUGCAGCGAGACACGCGGGCUCCCCAUCUUCCCGUCACCUACCUCCCACAGUGGGGCAGGCGCGACAGCUGCUGCCCACGGCCACAAGGAUCCCAAGGAGCUGGCAAAGGCAGGCGGCUGGGCGCUCCAGGGUGCAGGGAAGGAGGAGAAUCCCCGGUUACAAGCGCAGGCGACAGAGAGCCAGGCCCGCAGCCGCAGUGGGGCGCCUGAAGACGUCGGAGCACCGGCUGGAGUUGGGGCUGCUGCCGCUGGGGUUGGAGCUGGAGGCUGGAGGCUGGGACCAGGGCUGGGGCGGGACUGACGCACGGGGCGCACGCCCGGGCUCACGUGGCCGUCCCCGGGUGGCCAUCACCUCCAUGCAGCCGCCGAGUUGUCUUCUGGCUCCCCCGCCUGUUGAACGCUUCCUAGACACCUGGGUCUAACAUUAGAUUUCAUGCUGUGUGUCUGGUGGCGCAUACCCUUAACCCCAGCACUUGGAAGACAGACGCAGGCGGGUUUCUGAGUUCAAGGCCAGCCUGGUCUACACAUUGAGUUCCAGGGCUACACAGAGAAAACC